UUGGCCAUGUAAAACAGCAAACGAGAACCAGUCAUCCUCGCGCCCCCGAACCCAAAAUAUGAUUCUUCACCUCUCCACCUCCACCUCCCGUAACUCCACCGCUGGACUCCACUGCAGCCUGCUUCCUUCCAAAUCAUACAAUUUCUCAGGCGAUCAUCAAUUCACACGCUACCGAGCUUCAUGGCAAGAGCUUGCUGGAGUAUUAGUUUUCUCAGCUAUUCCUUUCACUGCCGUUAAAGCUAUCGCCAACAGUCCCCUUGGCGAGACUCUGCAGAGACGUAUGGAGGAGAAAAAGAAAGCUGCUGUUCAGAACGCUUCAGUGUACAAAGCAUUAUCAGAAAAAGCAAAAAAGGAUAGCUUAUGGUAUGGAAAACAGAGGCCUCGGUGGCUUGGUCCGCUUCCAUUUGAAUAUCCUACCUAUCUUGAUGGCGAACUCCCUGGCGAUUAUGGCUUCGACAUUGCGGGCCUCAGCCAAGAUCCUGAAGCUUUUAAGAAAUACUACAAUUUUGAAAUAUUGCAUGCACGUUGGGCGAUGCUUGGUGCACUUGGUGCCCUAAUUCCAGAGUUACUAGAUCUUGUAGGCGCUUUCCAUUUUGUAGAACCUGUGUGGUGGCGAGUCGGAUACUCAAAGCUUCAAGGUGAGACACUGGAUUACCUUGGUAUCCCAGGACUCCAUUUUGCUGGAAGUCAAGGAGUUAUCGUCAUAGCAAUCUGUCAAGCUCUUCUCAUGGUUGGGCCAGAAUAUGCAAGAUAUUGUGGGAUAGAGGCUCUUGAGCCAUUAGGGAUAUAUCUUCCUGGUGAUGUUAAUUAUCCAGGUGGUGUGCUCUUUGAUCCAUUGAAUCUUUCUGGAGAUCCCGUUGGUUUUCAGGAACUGAAGGUGAAAGAGAUUAAAAAUGGACGGCUGGCGAUGAUUGGAUGGUUGGGGUUUUAUGUUCAAGCGGCUUUGACUGGUAAAGGACCAUUGCAGAAUCUUGUUGACCAUAUUUCUGAUCCCAUGCAUAAUAACAUACUAUCUAUACUUGGGUCUAUGUACAAGUAAAGAUUAUCAUCUUCCACUAUUACGUAUUAUAUAUGUGGGUGUACAAGAAAAAAGAUGUUUUUCUUCUCUUUUUUAGACGUGUAUAUAACUGGCUUCUUCUCAA